UGACCAUACUCUAUACACUAGUGCACAUCCAUAAUUCAGACCAAUAUAUUAUCCACUUCAUGCUUUUAUCAUCAAGACAAGAUCAAAGACAUGUUAGUACUCUUGUUCUUGAUCCUAUUAUUCUCCGGGGUUAUUUCAUCCGAGCCUUGCCACCCUGAUGACUUAUACUCCAUCUUGGCUUUCAAAAACAGCUUCUCCAACGGAGACAUCUUGCAUUCUUGGUUGUCGGAUAUGGACUGUUGUUCCAUAUUCGACUGCAAAAGUAAUCGUGUCAUUGACUUCACGAUUACUAAUUCUGAACUCUCUGGUUCAAUAAAACCAGAUGCAUUUGCAGGUUUUACAUUCCUCCAGAGGCUAAGGCUUCACAAACUGCCCAAUCUUGUAGGCCAAAUUCCUCGUUCAAUCGAGAAUUUGACACACUUGACAUACUUGGAAAUAAACUGGACUAAUGUAACAGGACAUGUACCAGAUAAUCUCUCAAAGCUCAAAGAUCUUAUGAUUCUUGAUUUCUCCUUCAAUAAACUCUAUGGCUCUGUUCCACCUUCACUUCCUUUACUACCAAGCAUCUUUGCCAUCAGCCUAGACCGAAACCAACUCACCGGAUCUUUACCCGAAUCUUAUGGUCUUUUCCCCACUACUUUGAACUCACCAGUUCUCAUACUAUCUCAUAACAAGCUUUCAGGCGAGCUACCGCUUUCUCUAGGUACUACGAAGUUCCAACGUAUUGAUCUGUCAAGAAAUAGUUUUUCAGGAGAUGCAUCCAUGCUGUUUGGUGAAGACAAAAGCUGUCAACUCCUUGAUAUAUCGCGUAAUAGCUUUGAGUUUGAUUUCUCAAAGGUUGGUUUUAUGAAUGAGGCUUUGGUAACACUGGACAUAUCUCACAACAAGAUAUAUGGGAAGAUCCCAUCGAAGAUUACAGAGGCUUUCAUGUUGCAGCAGUUGAACAUGAGUUAUAAUAGAUUGUGCGGUGAAAUACCACAAGGAUGGAAACUGAAGUACCGGCAAGAGGGAUUUGAUAACUCAUCAUUUUCUCAUAAUCGGUGCUUGUGUGGAGCUCCUCUUGAACCCUGUAAACCUUAGCAUCUCUGGCAAUUAAAUGUAUCCUUAAAUUUCUCUGUGACCGUCUUUUUAUAUAUAAAAGAAUUCUGCAAAGCAGUGAAAGCUA